UGUGUGUGUGUGUGUGUGUGUGUGUGUGUGUGUGUGUAGGGGAAGAACAGAAACCGUGCAUUUCAAAGUUUUGCAUGUGACACAGAUAGUUAUGGUGGUUGGAGAAAGGACGUCUUUGUUGUGGCUCUUCUGUUUCUCUCUCUGAGAUCUCUAGCUAGCUGUGUGUACAGUUAGUGAUUUAUUAUGGUCCCUGAUGCGAGCAUCCACCAAACGCAAUGACACACCGUUAAAAGUUGUGAUCCAAGGCCUGAUUUAUUCGAUGUCUUUAUGUAUGUUUGACCAACUUACACGCUGUUGAACAAACCUAUAUUUUUGCUUUUUUUUCCGUUGCUGUAUUCAUUGACCAUCAGUGGUGAUGUUUCUCAUAUUGUGGGUGUGGUGAAGUCAUUCUAGACUGCAUGAUAGACUAAGAUCCAUAGAGAGUGAAUGAACUUAAGCAGACUUCAGUGUGAACAUCACUAGCAAACACAGGAAGUUCCUAAAGAAAUACUUUACUUGAGACAGAAGGACAUGAAUCACUAAUGAGAAGGAUCUUGAAGAAAAGAACGAAGGUAUUUGGCUUUUAUUCAACCUUGGUGUUGUCUUUAGUUCAGAGUUAACAUCUCUGUUGUAGAUAAAGGUGAUUCAUUCGUUGGAUUAUUAUCAGCCCACUCAUUCAGCCUCCUAUUUACUGUCAACCAAGCAGCAGCAAAAAGCCUCUCCCUUGGUUCCAGCUUUGAGAAGCAGUUGUUUCUUUGUACACAAAUGAUUGAACUAUGGAACGAUCAAAGGAUGGAGGAAAUAGGAAUUCAUUCGCAAGGUGUUUUGUUUUUUAUUUUGAAUUCCUCCACUUUCAUGUUGCUGCCAAUAUAUUUUUAUUCAUCCACGUGUUUUUUUCUCAGCUAAAAGCAUUAGUAACUGUUCAUAGAGUUAGGAUUUUGACAAUAAUGAUACAUAUUCUAAAUGAAGUGUUAGACGCUCAUGAAUACAUAUGGGUCCCGGUGUCUUCAAAUACCAUUACAUAUGAGCGUUACGUAAGAAGUCCCUUUGAGUACGAAUUGCAUUCCCCCAUCUGUGGACGUCCCAUCUCCACUCCCUUCAACACCAUUCCUCCCAAAUAUUUAUCAACCCUCCUCAUCAUAAUCUCAUUAAUCUCCAUGAAACGGAGUAAUCACCGACAUUAUUCCUUUUGGUUUCGUGCUGCUAAUAGCAUUUCGUCCUCUGGGUCUUUGAAAAGAAACAAGACCAAGCCUGUUGAAUAUUGCAUGAGGGGAUGCCUGCGCGGUUGAGUGGAGCCACAGCAGUGUGUUCAUAGCACGGGAGCAGCAGGCGCAAAUCAGGGAUUUGCAAUAGAAUCUGCAAAGAAAUGCAAACAUUUGGAAGGGCAGACAUCUGUUUCCAACCUCAUUCAAUUCACUUUUUUUUCCGAAGUCCCCAUCUACUAGGUAGCUGCCUUUGGCUGGUGAGAAGCUCUGCUCCGGCUUUUUGGUGUUACGCCCCAGAUUUCCCCAACAAGUUGAGGGUUUUGAAAAUCAGGCCAUUGCUUUUUAUAGCUCUAGUUAUCAUACAAUUCCAUACCACCUCUGUUUUACACCAACCGACAAAAGGUCGGUCGCGUAUGUAGGGCGUUACGAUCCAAGGCAUCGCAGUCCUCUAAUGAAAAGAACUUUCACAAUGGAAAUACAGUGUGUUUUGUAUACUGUGACUUGUUUGGUGCCAUCUGUGCAGCUCACUGCCUCGCAUGUGAAUACGGGAGCGAAGGCAACGUUCUCCUCAGUGGCCUCCUCUCAAGCAUUCCGCUCUGUACAUCGUCGCUCAUUGUUAAUUUAAGAAGAUAUGACACAAAAGUCCGGCUCCCGAAGGAGAUGUUGUGAUGCGUGUGCAGGUCUGAGGGGAGGAGCUUGCCUAGCCACUGGGUUUCUGCUCUGUCGGAGCUGAUCCAGGGAGUCGGCCCGAUGAAAUAUUCAGCCCGUUACAGUCAGGCGGGUUUCUUAGGAGGAGGAAGCGCAAUUUAUUUUUUGUUGCUCUUGUUCUUGUAUCAACCCCCUUUUUUACAUCAGGAAAACUCCACAGAGCACGGAUGCUCCUCCUCAGCGUCGGUCCCCAGUUCCCAUCGACAAAGACGAACACAGUCCUCCAUUACUGUUAGCUUAGAAGCUCCGCUGGAGCAGCCCGGGCACUGAGGGGUGCAAUAGUGAAGCUUUUUCCCUGCCCUAUCAGCAGGGUUUAUGGGGUGGCUGAUCAAUAUUGAUGACUCAGCUAUUACCACGCUAUGUGUUUUUCAGAAAUCCUUUUCUCUAGUUUGAGAUUCAUGCAAGCGUCAUAUUCUAUUUUAAUAAAAUCUUAAGUAUUGUAACGUUAACGUGGCACAUUGAAAGCCUUUCUCCGUCUUGAUAAAGGACUGUGGACAACAAUGUCAUAUUAAUAAUAAUAAAUGAUAAUCAAGAUGGAGUACUUGAAGCUCCUUUCAUUGCCUUCCCCCACAGCACCUCAAUGGUUGCUGUGGGAAGCCAGUCAUGUACUUGUAUGUUAACCUCUAGCUCUGAGGCUAAUAUGUUCACAACUUCACCUAUGUCCAUUGUUUGCAUUCAUCAUUCAGCAAGUUCUGCUUUUUUAUCUUGCUCCAUUAUACUAACGGUGCAUGUCUGUUAAUUAACAGAAACGUGCCUGAAGAAUUCCAUUGACAGAAGUGAACGCAAAAAGCUACGGGGCGUCUUUACUUUGUGACGAGGACUCCAAGUGCUCUCCGCUGUGACUCAUCGUGUUAAUUAAUUGGGAAUUACCCACCACGUAGUUAGAAUCAUAUUACCCACAGGUCUCCGGCUGAUUCGCCAAGAAAGAGGAUUUUCAAUAUUGUAUUAGAGAGACCACCUGAGGAGGAAGGAGACUACACUCCUGUUUAGAUAAAACUGGAAGUCAGUGAGCUCCUUUGCUGCCAUCUGCCUCUGCUCCGCAUGUUACGACGAUAGGCGAACCAUCCUCUGAACGCUGUUUCGCCAUUCUCCUUUCUGUACCACCCAAGCAAAUGUGCGGCACGUCUUGUUAUCAAGUCCAAUUUGUCUCGGUUUGGGGGAAAUUAAUGUCGAUGUGGAAAAAGUGAACAUUUUAAAAAGCCGCUUGAAUGAUAUUUGAGAUCUGCAAUUAGGCAUAAGGAGCAAUCGGUGCUUGUAAAAAGACCAUCUGUGUCUUUGAUCUCUCCUGAUUGUCAUCUCUAAAGCAAGUUUCUCUCUGAGAAUUUGAUGUUUAGGAGCUUUUUCUUUUUUCUACAACAAAUGAAUAUAAUAGUCUGUAGAGACGGGGCUUUCUCUAUGUCUGUUCUGGAGUGCAGCCAAGUCACUUUGGACUGCUUCAUUUUGUUGGGAGCUUUAAAUUCCGCCCCCCACACACACACACACACACACACACACUGUCUUGGCACGCGCCGAAGGCUUGUCUCAGAGGACUCUGCAGAGUGCACUGCAACUCCCCCGUCGCUGUAAAGCUGAGCAAUCUUUGAAUCAGAUCGUCAAGGUGACCUGGCAACCGCCAAAGCUCAAAGACCCCCCCGGCGAAAGACCGCGCGUUUAACCUCGACACUCGAAGUAUGUUCCUCCGCUCGCCGUGGCCUUCUUUAAAACAGUUCUUCACAAGCAGUCGGCUUUCGGUCAACUCAAAGCACAGCCACGUUAUCAGCAUAGACGGGCUUAAGUGCAGAUGAGAGGAACCGAUUAAAGGGAAACAAGCCGGCCGUGUUUCAAAGCCAUCGAUUUCCACGGGCUUUGUUUGCAAAAGAUCGUCGUGUGUAGAAACACUUACUCAAACACACUCGCUUCUGAUAUCAGAGCUCCACUCUCAGCGCUCGGCAGCGGCCUUUUUUUUUUAACUAAAGAACUGCAGUAAAACUGUGGACACACACACACACAACGCUAAAGCUCCGAUUGACAGCGAGGAUGCCAUUUAUUUUAUCGUAUGACAAGCUGCUCUGCUUCUUUUUUUAAUGGCUUUGAAUUGAAGGAAAAUUGAAUCUCAAGAUGAGAGAUCAUGGAUGGUAAAAGGCGAAAUUGGUUAUGAUGCUCAAAAACAUAAAGACAUAUUGCCUGUUGUUUCUUUCACGGUUUCUUCUUUUCGAUACAAAACGUUUUUUUAAUAUAUAUUUUCAUUAGUAUAUAUUUCUUUUUUUCAGCCUAAAAGCCUGCAUAAGAACAUAUACAGAGCUAAAGCUGCAGUUUGUAGUUUUAUGCAGUUGUGACUCGGCCAGAUUUUGGCGGUGAGGAUAAAUGCCGCUCAUUCUGAAUCUGUCAUAAGACCAAAUCAAUUUCACACUGCACCAGUGGGCAACUGGGUUACAAGCUGUCUGCUCUCAGGUGGCAGGUCAAUAGACCACCCGUUCAUUUCUGCAUGUAGACUCAAGCAACAGGCUGCUUUACAUUUUAUGAUCCAGAGUGUUUAUCUUUUUUAUUUCAUGACUGUUAACAUUGUAAUUUAAUAAAAUGAUGCAAUAUAGGUAAUGACAUGUACGUUUUAAGCAUAACAACUCUUAUAGUUAUUGAUUUUCAGAACAAACUUUGGAAAAUCAAUAACGCCAUUAUCUUCCGCUGGAGAACUACUGAACAUGUCCGCAUGUCUCCAGCCCCCCCCCCAUCCCCUCCCUCCAUUGUGAGCCUUUGUAAAGAAUGAGUCAUUAUUCUCUCAUUUUCCGCCUGCCUUCGGGUCCCAUCCUUGCCUGCGAUGAAUUAUAGAUGGUGAGCCCGAAUUGACUGGUUGAUAAAUGUGUAAUUAGCUUCUGGAAGUAGUUUUUAAAUUUUUUUGUUUGAAAAGAUAGUUUCAAACUCGGGGUGUUGUUUGCGAUCCAUCAGACUGGAAAUUCACAUCAGAUGAAAGGAUCUGUUUGUGAAAAAAAACGAGUUGGCUCUUUUGUUAUCUGUCUGUUAUGCCAUUGUGUUAACAGUCAUUUUGUUAGUAUUGAUUGUCAUCUCUCUCUGUGUGUCUGCUGUGCUGCGCAGUCAUUUUUCCUGCUGGAUUUAAAUUAAACUGAAGGAUGUUUUGAUCAGAUUUGUCAUGCAAACUCUCUCUCACACACACACAUAAACCUUUGAGGUGUAUGUGAGCUGUCGCACCUGUGAUGCACGUGUGUGUGUGUGUUCGCUGUUGGAUCCAUAAGCUCCACGUCUAGGGGACUCUUGUCAGCCUUCAACAACAGCUAAAUGAUAACGGUGCCAGUGAAGAUCCUUUUAUUCCUUUGCACAAUAAAAAGCUUAACGAUUAAUGAGCCAACGCCUUUUUUUGUGUGUGUUGGGGGGUUUAGAAAAAAUAACUCUAAUACCCACAAUUCAAUGGGGCCUUAAAAAAGAAGCGCAGCUGUUUGAAGAGACAGAUUAUCUUUUAUUCUGCCAAAACCUUCAGCCAGUGACAUUUAGUAGUUGCAAUAGAGUGAGAAGGUGAAGGUGGCAGAUGUGCCGCACGCUUUGUUAGUAAAGCACAGAGCACCGCUGUGUAAUGUCAGAGGAAAUCGGUCCAUCCUGGUCUGAGAAUGGCUGUCGCCACCGCUGCACGUGCUGAAAUGACUACACGAACUACAAAAAUAACCUCACCGACCUCUGCUCUUCUCCUUCUGCAGUUGGGACGACAGCAGCUCGGUGAGCAGCGGCCUGAGCGACACUCUGGACAACAUCAGUACGGAUGAUCUGAACACGGCCACCUACUCCGCUGACAGCUCAUCGCGCAAAAGCAAAGGAGCGCAGUCCCAGAAAGGAAGCAGGUCCAAACAUGCAGAGCAGGAGGUGAGCAGCAGCUGGGCCGGAGCCGAGGACCUGAAGAAGGUGGAGGAGGAGCUGGAAGCGAGCAUGGACCCCGGCAGCGGCUCCUCCCGCUGGAAGCCCUCCUCGUCCUCCUCGUCAUCCUCUUCCGCUCAAGCCCAGAGUCAGUACGAGGACGCCGGUCAGAAGGCCGCCGCGCUGGCCCAGAUGUCCCAGACGGGCUCGUGGAGGCGGGGCAUGACGGCCCAGGUGGGCAUUACGCCACCCAGGACCAAGGGUACCUCCGCUGCCCACAAAACACCAGGUAAAACUGAUGAUGCUAAGGCCUCGGAGAAGGGCAAGGCGCCUUCCAAGAGUUCAGCAGCCAUCCAGCGCUCACCCUCCGAUGCCGGGAAGAGUAGCGGAGAUGAAGGUAAGAAACCUCCCUCCGGCAUCGGACGCCCACCCACCACUGCGUCUUUUGGAUACAAGAAGAUCCCCGGUGCCAGUGGUACCCUAAUCACCUCCAGCGGGGCAACGCUCGCCAGCGGCUCAGCCACCCUGGGCAAGGCGCCCAAAUCCUCAGCUGCCCUUGGCAAAGGCACAGGCAUCGGUGGUGUGCGCAAGACCAGCUUGGACGGCUCACAGCCCCAGGAUGACGGCAUCCUACUCACCUGCAGCACCUCCAAAGUGACCCUGCAGUACCGCUCUCUGCCCAGACCGGCCAAAUCCUCCAGCGGAGCAGCAGCAGGGCGCGGCGGGCACCGCUCCAGCUCCAGCAGCAUCGACUCGAACGUGAGCGGCAAGUCAGCCGGGGGGGCGGCAGCUGCGGUGGCUGCGGCGACACAAGCGGGCGCCAAGCGCAGGGACGGAAAAGUGGGCUCCGACCGUUCUGACCGCUCCAGUCCCAUCACCAUCAACCAGACGGAUAAGGAGAAAGUGGCGGUGUCAGACCAGGACGCCUCAGCAGGACUAUCCACCUCUCCGAAGUCCAGCCCCACCUCCAGUUCAACCGGUCAAUCAGGCCUCAGGCAGCCGGGCUCCAAGUACCCCGAUAUCGCUUCCCCUACGUUCCGCAGAUUGUUUGGCACCAAAGCCAGCAGCAAGGCCAGCUCUCCGGGCACUCCCGACUCUGGCAAGUGCCCCUCAAUACUUGGCAGCCCCCACAGCACGCUGGCGAGGCAGGCCAGUCUGGACUCGCCCUCCUCUGGCACGGGGAGCCUGGGCAGCGCUUGCGGCCUGAGCGGCGGCAGUAGCCCGCUAUACGGUAAAACCCCAGACCUGUGCACCGACUCCCCGGCGUCCAGCCCGGCCUCUGGCCUCUCCCUGCCCUCCAACGCUCGGCCCUGGCCGGCCUGUAGCUCGUCAGCUGGCAGCAAGGACACACUGAGCUGCCAAAGCAUGACCAGUCUGCACACCAGCUCUGAGUCCAUUGAUCUCCCGCUGGGCCACCACGGGCCCAAGGUUACACGAACCGGCAGUGUCAAGUCCACCCUGUCUGAGGGCAUGCCUCUUGACAGAAACACGCUUCCCAAAAAGGGACUGAGGUACAACACAUCUGCAGCAAGAGCCCAUUCUCAACUGUUAAUCUGUUAAUCACCCACAUAGAUCAUUAGUAUACAUUUGCAUGAAAGUAAUCAUUCUGAUAUCAACUGUACUUUUCACGUUGUUGUAUGUGUGUUGUAUGUGUGGGUGGCACGAUGAAACACCGUCUUUAGCAGUGAUUCCCAACCAGAGUUUCCUGUAAUGGAUGAACAGUUAAAAUAGUUAGCUUAAAGUAAUGAAUAUACGGGUAAAAUAUUUUGCUUAAAGUAAUGAAUAUACGGGUAAA